AUGAUUCAUGCCUCAUUCUGUCGGUCCAUUCCUGUUGGUUUUGGUCCGCACUUGGUACGCACGUUUGCCCUUCUUCCGCGUGCCGAUCCGACUGGUUUGACCGGAUACGUUGAUCGACAGCUCCGACGUUGUGUUAUUCGAUGGAUAUUUUUCUGCAUGGAUGCGGAUUGUCCGUCGGGCUGUGAUUUUCGAUUCAUUCGUUUCGAGUGGUAG